GUGAACGUAAGCGUCAAAUAUCAAAACAAACCAAGUGGAUGCGGGGAUUAGCUGCAAAAAGCGCUCAGUGAUGGAGGCGAUGGAAGAGAUGGAGGAGCAGGUGGAGAGGCUGCUAAAAGGGGAGGGAGCAGAGGUGAUGGUUUGUGACAUGGGUGUGGACCAGAGUAAACCGGCCACGCUCCGGAAAAACGUCACCUACAUUGUAGGUGCGGUCAUCUUCAAUGACAAGGAGGAGGUGCUGAUGGUGCAGGAGGCCAAGUCCGAGUGCUAUAAACAGUGGUACCUCCCGGCCGGGCGAGUUGAGGUGGGAGAGAGUCUGGAGGAGGCGCUCAAGAGAGAAGUGAAGGAGGAGUCUGGUUUCGACUGUGAGCCCGUCUCGUUGCUGCUGAUCCAGGAGCAGGGCCCUCAGUGGAUCAGAUUCAUUUUUCUGGCUUCAGUCACAGGGGGCCACCUGAAGACUCUGUCUGGGGCCGAUCAGGAGUCGCUUCAGGCCUGUUGGUGGGAUAGACACAGCUCCCUGAGCCUGAGGGGCCGCGACAUCCUCCGCCUCAUCGACUCUGGGCUCAAGUACCGUGGGGAUCCUGGGUACCCUCCGAUUCGACCCAUAGACCUGAGCUGUCAACACGUGGUCCAGAGACUCGUCCUGCUCUACACCAAUGCAAAGGACCAAGUCUGGGUCCUAGUCUUCAGAGUGCCGUUUGCCCACCUGCCCGUGGUGGCAGCGAUCCGGACUCAUGCGGUCACGUGGGGAGCCAAUAUGGUGGUCCAGGAUGCCGUCCCCUCGUCCUACUACGACCACGACGUGAGCACUGUGGGCGUGAUGUCUCUGCAGCACAGUGGUCGUGAGAACGGGCACAGCGACGGCAUCUGUCUGAACACGCUCGUGCGACUGAUACCUGAACCACCCCAAAGAGACGAGGAUGGACUCAAACUGCCCCCGGCUAACACAGAGCGCCCCCCGCAGAUUGAGAAUCCUCGAUACAUUUGGCAUGAAAUCCAGAGCAUCGAACUCAAGGACAAACUUCUGCUGAAGAUCAAAAACACAGCUAUCCUCCCACUGCACAGCCUGUACUGAGGAGAGCGCCCCCUAUGGACUAUAUAGACCAUUGUACAGCCUAUACUGAGGAGUGUGCCCCCUAUGGACCAUACUGACCACUGCAUAGCCUGCACUAGGACUUCACUUUUCAAUAUAGUCCAUUAGAAACAGAUUUACAGUACUAUGAGUGAGCAGCAGAUGGUGUCAGAGCUGUCUUAGAGCAUAAUGUUUUCAUGUUUUGGUUAACUGUAUUUAAAAAGAUUGCUUUAUUAUUUAUUUUGAUGACAGAGUAUACAAACUGAUGCUUGUAAAUUUCAAAUUAUAUAUGUGCUGUACAAUUUCUUUUUUAUACAACAAACAAAAAUGCAUGUUUUUAUGCAUAUUGUACAUUUAAUGCUAAUGUAAUAAAGACCAUGAUU